AUGGAAAUGGCCGACAGAAAAACAACAUCGUCCUCGCAGCGCACCGAAAAGAAUUCGCCAGAGUGGUCGGACAUUGACCCCGCGGUGACGGCGUUGGUGAACGAUAUCAUGGCUCGCGUGGCCGACAAGUGGACGCUGUUGGUGCUCGAGGCGUUGGAUGAAAACGGGGUCGUUCGCUUCAAGGAACUGAGCCGGCUUGUCGAAGGUAUCAGCCAAAAGAUGUUGACGCAAACGUUGCGGCAGAUGGAAUGCGACGGGCUCGUCACGCGGACCAUUUAUCCGGAAGUUCCGCCACGUGUCGAGUACGAACUGACGCCGCUCGGGUCGAGCCUGGGCGAGGCAUUUUGCGGCGUAUGGAAGUGGGCCGAGACGCAUUGUGCUGAAAUCGAAGCGGCACGAAAGCGAUUUGCCGCAAAGCACGAGAGUAUCGUGAGUUCUCGUACGCGAGCCGGUUUUACGUUGGUCGAGUUAUUGGUGGUGAUCGCCAUUAUCGGUGUGCUUGUAUCGCUUCUGUUGCCGGCCGUGCAGCAGGCUCGGGAAGCGGCUCGCCGGAUGCAGUGCACCAACAACAUGAAGCAAUUGGUGUUGGCCACGCAUAACUAUCACGACACGUUCGGCACGUUGCCCCCGUUCGGCAUGGGCGGCACGGUGACGUACGACUACUCGCCGCACGUGAUGCUGCUUCCGUUCUUCGAGCAGCAAGCUCGUUACGACAUUCUUGCCGAGACCGGGUUCAACAUCGAACCGUGGGAUUCUUCGCCUGCUUGGGACGGAGUGAUCGACGCACUCGUUUGUCCUUCCGAUGCCAACAAUAUUUCGCCGGAUGGAAUCGCGACGACGAACUACUGCUUCUCCGAAGGAGAUCGCCUGAUGGAGUAUUACAACAGUGCGGCCAAUACUCGCUCGGCGUUUCCGGUACAUCGCUCGCAUCAGUCGGCCAAAGCGGCGUUUCGUGAUGUGACCGACGGGCUGAGCAACACAAUCGUCAUGAGCGAACGCUGUGCGAGCUGGAGCUUUUCUUACUGGGGCUUCAAUGUUUGCCGCUUCCAAACGAUUCUGCCACCCAACGGGCCAUCCUGUUCGUACAACACCUCGAACCCCGCGGCCGAAGCGAAUUUGAUGCCGCCGACCAGUUACCAUCCCGGUGGCGUUGUCUGCGGCAUGGGGGAUGGCGCCGUGCGAUUUGUCACCGACACCGUCGACACCGGCGAUCUUUCGGUGCUUGCCAAAGACGUGACCAGCGGUCCUUCGCCGUAUGGUGUGUGGGGCGCGCUGGGUUCGAUCAACGGUGGCGAAGUGAACCAGCAGUUCUAA